AUGGCGUCCUCGGAACCGCCUGACGAGCUCUAUGCAGAGUCUGAUUCAGAUACACAUCGACCGCAGCCUCCUUUACUCCCCAUCACAGACCUGAGCAUCGUCCCCGGCAAUGAACUGCGCAAACUCACCGACAGCAUCAUUGUCGCCGCCGAAUCGGGUGGCGAGCUCUAUGCUCCCAUCUUUCGUCAACUGCAGAUCCGACCGGACAAGCAUCAGGAUUUCCACAACGGGGUCAUCCGCGUCAUACGGAACAAACACUACAAGCAGAUCCAGCGAGCCUCUGAUCGUAGUCUGAAGAACGUCACCGAUCUCUUACUCCGAGCGUUCGGAUAUAUCAUUUGGAAAACCAGCUCAGAAUGGGUCCUGGCCGAGACGGACCUUGAUGAGGAGGAAGCUAAGUUGGUCUAUGUGAGAGGCAAGAAUCAAGCUCCAGAUACCAGGUAUGCCCCUCAGGACCGCGCUCAGUCGGACGGUGACCGUGGGAUGAAAAAGACGGAAUCGUCGCUAAUGAGCAUUGCCAAAAGGUAUCAUCGAAUCCUCGAGCCUCUCUGGCGCCAAAUGCGCAAUGUGAUGUUCACCCGCCGCCCACAGGGCCCGGCACAUCGCGCCAGAGCCCCCAGUGGCGCAGCAACUGACGGUGAAGACUCGUACAUGGCCGACGGAGACACCCGUUCAUCUUCACCAGCGGCCGCGUUUCAUGCACGCGCUCGUGCUCGAGCUACUAGGAAGCUAGAGAAGUUGGCCUCUCAAAUUGCACAGAGAGUUCCUGCCCAUUCCAGCCAGAAAAUGAGCCCCGAAUGUACAGAGGAUGCCAUCAUCGAACUUAUUGCUCGUCUCGCCGAGAUUCGGGCCAACAGCGACCCACGCGCAUUCGAGGAACUGUGGCGAGUGCAUAUCAUGCGAGUUGAGGAGCUGGAUCGUGGACAAGGAACGAACCAAGCCACGCCGGAGAAGGAGGGGGUCACUGUCAGCGUUGUCACACAAACUGAAGACCCUCCUGGUUUCGCCCGUGACCAUGAUAACGGUCGUGAACACGGUGCAUCGCAAUCGAAUCUACCUUUCAUGACAGAGGGCGCACCCCUCUUACCACGAACCCUAGUCUCCCGGUCACUCAUCCCUCCGUCUCUCCCAUCUCUCAUGUCCGUGUAUAUCAGCGUCUCUUGCCUGCCCACACGAGGCCAUUUCAAUUCCAUCUCCCACACGACGGCCGCACCCCUCGCGCAGGCGUACCACUGGCCCUCAGCACCCGUCGAGGAGCACACCCUCGCGCUCUUCUUCACUGGUAUAUGCUACCGCGUCGACAUUUCCCCAUCGGCCGUUCUGGGUUAG